AAAUAUCAUGUGUCCCUUGUGGCCUUUAUAAAUAAAUAAAUUACGACCAAAAAUGCCGUCUCAUUUCGUCCAGUUGUGUGCCUUUAUUUCGACUAAAAAUAAAAAAUAAGUUCGGCCAAGCUGCAAUGAGCUUUCAACUAAUAUUCCUUUUAUUAAUUUUUUGUUAAUGAGUGAAUCUGGCAACGUCUACGAGUUUAAUGAUCAAAACAAAUUUCAAAUGUAUGAAAUUUUCAAUACAGAAGUCUCAAAUCAAGUUCAAGAGCCACAAGUUAACAUAGUGGAAGAAAAUGGAUAGACAGCAGUACCAGAAUUACACAGAGAAAGAAAAGGACAGGGCUAUUCAGACGUAUAUGUUUACUCCCCUUAGUUACAGCAAGAUUGGAGAGAAGCAUGGUAUACCUGUCUCUGCCUUGAAGUCUUGGGUUAAAGCAGCAAAAGAAGCAUCCAAGAAGAGGCUUUAGAAGUAGAUAAUGCUAUUGAAGAGCAGCCAAAAAAGAAUCAGCACCUUCGCAAGCUGAAGAAAGAGCAUACGAAGCUUUUGGAAGAAUUCAUUAACAAUCCAGU